AUGUGGGCGCUUAUUAAACAGUACAUUGUUGAUAUGUACAUCAAAAUCAAAACUUCGUGUUUGGAUUUUAUUCGUCAAAACCAAGACACAAUUAGAGCUGGACUUUACCAAGGUAUUCUCGACAGCUUAAACACCGGCGUAUCGCAUGGAUUAAAUACUAGGCAUGGAUUCAUUCUCCCUCCUUCGUUUAUUGGUGGUCCACGAGAUAUGAGGCGCAUAUACCUUGAUGCGAUGUCUUUAGUUCAGCACUACGGAAAACCUGAUAUUUUUUUGACCAUGACCUGCAACCCUUCAUGGCCUGAAAUUGCAGAUGAACUGCUACCUCACGAGGAAGUGCAAAACAGACCUGAUCAAAUAGCAAGAGUUUUCCACGCAAAAUUAGCAGAAUUGAAAAAAGAUAUUGUCCAAAAGAAACUAUUUGGUGAGGUUGCAGCAUAUGUUUACGUAAUUGAAUUUCAAAAAAGAGGAUUACCACAUGUACACUUUCUCAUCAUUUUAGAUUCAACAUCUAAGAUUAGAACUUCAGACCAAUACGAUGAGCAUGUCUGUGCAGAGGUACCCGAACAAAAGACUAACGCUCAUCUUUAUGAAGCUGUUUUAAAGCAUAUGAUGCAUGGCCCUUGUGGAAAUGAUAAUCCUGGAAAUGUAUACAUGCGAGAUGGAAAGUGUAAAAUCCAUUACCCUCGAAGCUUUUCUGAAACGACAUCGACAGGUCAUAAUUCAUACCCUAUAUACCGACGUCAUAAUGAUGGAAAAAAAUAUUUGGUACGUAGAGUACGACUUGAUAAUAGGUGGGUAAUACCAUAUAAUCCGUAUUUACCAGCAAAAUAUGACUGCCAUAUAAAUGUAGAAGUGUGCUCUACAAUAAAGGCAGUUAAAUAUCUGUAUAAGUAUAUAUACAAAGGUCACGAUCGGGUUGUUUUUGCUUUAUCUAAUCCCGACAACAUAAGCAUAGGUGAUGAAAUCUCUUCCUUUCAGAUUGCGCGAUGGAUAUCGCCCCCAGAAGCUGCUUGGCGUAUUAUCAGAUUUCCGCUGAAUGGUAUACAUCCAAACGUUUUUUCUCUGCAAGUAUAUUUGCCAAAUAUGCAAACUGUGACAUUCCAUUCACAAGAAAGGUUACAGACUGUUGCAUCUGACUCAUGCAGACAACGAACUAUGCUAACUGCUUUUUUUUAG